UCAGCGCGUACGGAGGGAGGGGGGCGUUGCGCGAAGGAGGGGGCUGCGCGGCGUGGAUACGGAACUGCCGUUUGUGGACUCGGCCGACGCGGAGAGAGACGCCGCCGAAGACACCGAGAGACAUUCUCCUAACGCCGUAUCGAAGCGAACGAUGUUCCGCUUGCGGGCAUUGUCGGCAGCCUCAGUGGGGCUGGUGCAGUUGUCCAGGCGCCACCACAGUGGAACGAUGCGGGGACCUGGCCAAAGGAGGCUGAUGUUAGCAGCUUUAGCUGGUGUGACCGGGGUGUCGGCUAGUGCUGGACUUCUUUGGACAAGAGCCUAUGCAGACGCGGGUCCCUCUGUCCAACACGCCCGUCAGCCGGAGCCGAGGGACCAGGCCGAGUUCGCAAGAGAUGCUGCAUCCGAGUCGGAGUCGGAGAAAUCGGUGGAGGCCAGCGGUGGAGAAGAGGAGGGGGUGGAUGAAGGCAGCGAGGGAAAAAAGAAGAAGCCGCGCUCCGGAUUCCGUGACCGCAAGGUGAUGGAAUACGAGAACAGGAUAAGGGCCUACUCGACACCGGAUAAGAUUUUCCGCUACUUUGCCACACUGAAGGUCAUCAGCGAGCAUGGCGACGCCGAGGUCUACAUGACGCCGCAGGACUUUGUUCGCUCCAUCACCCCAAAUGAGAAGCAGCCAGAGAACUUGGGCUUGGAUCAGUUCAUGGUGAAGCGCUAUGAUGGGAAGAAGAUAGCCCAGGAAAGGGAAAAGUUUGCAGAUGAAGGCAGUAUAUUCUACAGCCUGGGAGAAUGCGGCCUCAUCUCCUUCUCUGACUACAUCUUCCUCACCACCGUGCUCUCCACUCCCCAGAGGAACUUUGAGAUUGCUUUCAAGAUGUUUGAUCUGAACGGGGAUGGAGAGGUGGACUUGGAGGAGUUUGAGCAGGUUCAGAGCAUCAUUCGCUCCCAGACCAGCAUGGGCAUGCGACACCGCGACCGCUCCACCACGGGAAACACACUGAAGACAGCCGGCUGCAGCUCUGCCCUCACCACCUACUUCUUUGGAGCCGACCUGAAGGGAAAGCUCACCAUCGGCAGCUUCCUGGAGUUCCAGAGGAAACUGCAGCAUGACGUUUUGAAAUUAGAGUUUGACAGAAAUGACCCUGUGGACGGCAGGAUCUCUGAGAGACAGUUCGGGGGGAUGCUGCUGGCUUAUAGUGGAGUUCAGUCCCGUAAACUCAAACAGAUGCAGAAGGGACUGAAGAAGAUGUUCAAGGAUGCACAGGGCAUCACGUUCGAGGAGGUGGAGAAUUUCUUCACUUUUCUGAAGAACGUCAAUGACGUGGACACAGCACUGAGUUUCUACCACAUGGCUGGGGCGUCCAUAGAUAAAGCCACCAUGAAGCAGGUAGCCCGCACUGUGGCCAAGGUGGAGCUGUCGGACCACGUGUGCGACGUGGUGUUCGCCCUGUUUGACUGCGACGGGAACGGAGAGCUGAGUAAUAAGGAGUUCAUUGCCAUUAUGAAGCAACGGCUGAUGCGCGGGCUGGAGAAACCCAAAGACAUGGGCUUCACUCGCCUGGUGCGUGCCAUGUGGAAGUGUGCCCAGGAUACUGCCUGGGACUUUGCCACACCCAAGGCGCAGUAGUGGGACAAGAGGGAUGCUUGAGUGUGUCUGGGACUGCAGGGGAGGCUCGAGCGCACAGAUGCAGAAACGACACUUGCAUCGCCGAAAGGAAAGCUUCAGAGGAUGUUAAAGACUGAAACAGACAACUAAUGCAGAAACACUCAGUAAGGCUGCAGCACUGAGAGGCAUAAUCAAUCAUGCAGCUAUGCUAGUGUGGUUAGCGCUUUCAAUACCGUGACUGAAGCAUGCUGACACAGCACAGUGUGUCCCAAGAGGCUUUCCAUCUGUGUCUGUGGAAGGCGUUAGGGGUAUCUGGAUGACAAAAACUUUUGAUUUCCUUAUUUUUCUUCGCCAUAUUGUAUGUAAGAAUGCAGUGCCAACAGGAGGCCAGCAGGCACAGUGAGUGACCCUUCCCCGAGCUAAAAACAGCAAGUUUCAUAACCAUAGUUAACAUGAUUUAUUCUGACUGCAAAAGGAAAGACAUGAGAGUAGGAUGAAACUUGUGUGACCUUCAGUUAUAUUUAUGCGCCGCAGUACGUUCUCCGCUAUAGCGGUUGUACGCUCAGUGGAACCCUCGCAAAUUUGUGUAGCGGGGCAGAGAGAUGGCGGUUUGUAAUCUUAUUAGUACCUCUUUAUUCCAUACCCAAGUUUGAUCCUCCAGCUCUGGCUGCUGCUGUAGUCCUGUUAUCUUGGGCCACGAGGGAUCGACCCAGCUUGCUGUGCCCUUAAAACGUCUCGUAAACAAAGCGUGUGCAUCAUCACCAAUCUUGUUAUUGCUCACUGAUCGACUUUCUGUUCGACAGCUACUGACAGUAUCGCUCUAUUAAAAUCUUUUUGAUAACAUGAAA